CUAUAACGAUGCCACACUGCGGACCGCGCCCCAAAAAAACCGUGAAUGCAUUCUUAAUGUGGAUAAAUUCCGCCGGGCGCAAUUACAUAAGAGCGAUGCAUCCCGGGAUCAGUCCCCAGGAAGUGUUAUUGAAGGGCAGUGUGAUGUGGGAAGCCAUGGUCGAUGAGGAGAAGGUCGUGUGGCAGUAGGCGGCACGCACGGCAAUGGCCGAUUACAAGAAGAAAUUGGAGAAGUGGAAUACACACAAAGAGCAGUCGGAGAAAACUACCCAAACGGAUGAGACGGUGGAUCGAUCUGCAUGAAGUGCGUUUAAACGUAAACGUUUUGUUGGUUCAUGCAGCCGCCAAAACUGUGCAGUAGACUGCGAGUGAAGAACUAUCGUUACUCGAUUGUGCACAAUCGCCUAGACCCGGACGAACAUCGCGACCAUAACGAGCCCAGUUCCUCCAUUACCGCCGCCCCGGAACAUAACCGGCUGCAGGAGAGGAUCUCGAGUGGAACCAGUGCUGCCAUGGAUGACAACCAGGGGCGCGAUGAAGAACUCACACCAAAAAGCACCCAACCACUAAAGAGGGUAAAUGCUGAGCCGCAAGGGCAAACUAAUUGAUGGAGGAAAAUUUCAAAUGUAAACCUUUAAUAAAUUGAACUAAAAUCAAAUAAAACCAACUUAAGGGAAUAUAA